UAAAAAAAGCAAGAUGCAGAAGAAUUCAUAUAAUGGGAUUCCGAUUUCAUAAAUUUUAAAACCAGGAAAAAUCAAACAACAUAUAUUUUAGGGAUGCAUACGUAUAUAUUAUAAAACUUUUUUUUUUUUGGAGACAGAGUCUCCCUCUGUCGCCUAGGCUGGAGUGCAAUGGCGCGAUUUCGGCUCACUGCAACUUCCGCCUCCCGGAUUCAAGCCAUUCUCCAGCCUCGGCCUCCCGAAUAGCUGGGACUACAGGCGCACGCUGCCAAGCCCGGCUAAUUUUUUGUAUUUUUUUUAUAGGGACGGGGUUUCACUGUGUUGCCCAGGCUGGUCUCGACCUCCUGAACUCAGGCAAUCCGUCCGCCUUGGCCUCCCAAAGCGCUAGGAUUACAGGCGUGAGACACCGUGCCCAGUCUGUAAAAUUAUUUUUUAAAGUCAAGAAAAUAAGCAGAAAUUCAGAAGAAGAGUUAACCUCUUGGAGAGACGGAGGGCGUACACUGAGAAGGGGGCACACAAAGGACUAGAAAGAUGUCCUUUUUUAAAACUAUGUGUCUAGUACACUCAAUAUGAUUAUUAAAUUAUACAUAUAUAUUUUUGUUUGCAUGUUAUCUAGUUCAUAAUUAAAAGUAGAAAAAAAGUAAACAGAUGAAGGAAUGAAUGAUAAGUCAGAAACACUGAAACAGAGCAAGAAAAGACUACAAUGCGAAAAUAAAGCUAAAAAUUGAUUUUACUGAAAAAAUCUAUUUAAGAGACAAGCUUCUGGCAACAUAAAAAAUAUGAAGAAAAGAGAAAGUACAAAUCUACAACCUUAGGAAAGAGAUGAAGGGUAUAACCAAAUAUAUGGAAGAGAUAUUCUGAAAAUACAUUUUGUACAUUUUCAGAUAAAUGUUAAAAUAAGAAUAAAAUGAAUGAUGUUCUUACUAACAGAAACUACCAAGAAUUAUUAAAGAAGUGAAAAUAUGAAAAAAAUCAAGUCACUGAACAUGCUGUCAAAAUUGUCCCAAAAAAACCAGACACACAAAGUAUCAUAAACCAACUUAUUCAUAAAGAAUUCCAGAGAAAGCUUAGUUGACAUGUUACAUAAGCUAUUCCUAAAAAUAGGAAAAAAAUUAAUCAAUUAAUCUCACGAAACCAGCAUUAACUUGACAUUAAAAACUUGAUUAAAUUAGCACAUACAAAAAAAGAGAUACUCAAUACUAAAAUUCUAAACACUCACAGCUGCUGGCUGAAACUUAGCAUAAUACUAAAAUAAAAAAAUGUAUUAUCAAGUGUGUGUGCUACUAAAUAUGGAAAUUUUAAAAAAAUCUGUUACUAAAUUAUAUCUAGUGAUAAUGGAGAAGAGUAUAUGAUCACCCCAGUAAGUAUCAAAAAUGAAUGUAAUAAAAUGUAAUAUCCAUUCCUUGUUAAGAACAAAAAACAGUAAACUAGCCGUAGAAACUUUAACAGGAAAAAUAAUAUCUACUUUAUAUCAAUAGCCACUUCUUUAAUUCAUGGUGAAACAAAAAGCAGUUUCAUUGAAUGAGAAACAAGAAACAUGAAUACUGGCUAUCACACUAUAAUUUAGCAUUUCUGAAAAUUCUAGCUAAUAAAAUAAGAGUAGAAAUAUAUAUAAAAUUAUAACUGACAGAAAGACAGGUAAGAUGAUAUAAUUUAAGGAUGAUAUGACUAUCUUAAAUUCCAAAAGGAACUGAAUGAUAAAACCCUCUUCACAAAGGCAACAAAACUCUAAACUAUCUAUCAAACUUAGGAUCUAUAUCAAGAAAACUAGAAAACUUUCCUAACACAUACAAAAGAAAAUAUUUUGGGGAGAAAUAUUAUGCUCUUGAAUCAUAAGACUCACUAUCACAGAGGUAUCAACUUUAUCCAAAGUUACGUAUAAGUUCAGUGCAAUUAAAAGAAGUACCUCAUCUGAAAACUUUAUCAACAGAAAUAAACAAAAAAUUUUGGAAACAAAUGGACUUGAAUUACCAAAUAAUAAAAUGUGUUCUAAAAGCACAAUAAUGGAAAUUGUAGAACAGAGUAGAAUGCCUGGAAACAAACUCAUAUUAAUAUGUUACAAUUUCAUCAAUGACAAAUCUGACAUUUCAAAUCAGAGGGAAAAUAAUGACUCAUUUAAUAAGUGGACUGAAAUGAAAGAUCAACAAUCACAGAGACCAUAUCCCUACUUCACAUAAUACAGCAAAACAAAUUCCAGCUAUAUUAAAUUUCCACUAAAAUGGGCAAAAAUUAUGCCAUAAAAGACUAAGAAUAAAUGCUUACAUAUUUUGUCAUGAGGAUAGCCAUCCCCUCACUCCAAGGAAGGAAUGUAGGAAGAAAGGAAGGAAGAAAGGAGGAAGGGAGGAGAACAGUGAGACGAGAAAGAAGCACAAAAAUAUACAUUAAUCUGUCAUAAAAGUUUAAAUUACUGUCCUUUAAAAAAUCCACAAUAGGCAAAAUGAACAGCUAUUCAGAAUGAAAAGUAAGUAUUUUUGUUAAUGUAUGUGACAGACAAGAAAUAAACCCAUUAAUGUUUUAAAAAUCUUUCUAUAUCAAUAAGAAAUGAAAAACACCUCUCAAGUUGCAUUUUUUAAACAAUAAUACGAGUAGUGCUGAGAGCCUCAUGAAAUAAACAUGUCUGUUAUUGCUAGCAAUAUCCUUCCUGGAUGGCAAGCACAUCAUUUCUGGAGAGUAAUUUGACAGUAUUAUCAAAAGUCUUUACCAAGGGCAUACUCAUUGACCUUCUACAUCUAGAAAUUUAUCAUAAGAAAAUAACAGCAAUAUAUACAAAGAUUUGUAGAGAAAGCUUAUACCCCUGUUUAAAAUACUGAAAAUUUCGAAACAAACCAAGUAUAAAAUCUAAUAUAGUAAAACAAAGUGAUAAAAUAUAUGGUACAUCAUAUUAAAAUUAUGUUAUAGAACACUAUUAAAUAAAGUAAGGAAAUACUUAUAUUGUUAAAAACAGUUGCAAAAAUUGUAUGGCCAAUAAUUGUAUACAUGUAGUUAAUACAUACACAUUUGGAGACUCCUUAUGUAAGUGUAAAGACAGACUAGAAGGAUAUACAUCAAUGUUAAUGGUGAACACUGCUAAAUUAACAAAUUAUGAGUAAAAUGUGUUUUCUUUUCUGUAUUUUCUAUAUUUUUUAAAUUUUUGAUAGUGAACAUGUAUCUGCUUUAUAAUCUGGUUUUUAAAAUAUACUUAUUAAGAAGGCACAUAAUGAAGAGAAGAAAACGAGUUAAGAUAGUAGAGAAGAUGACACAUGAACACCUAUGACUGUAUCUGAUUUCAAACCUCCAGUCCCAAAAUUCAUAUAAUCUAAGGACCUGAAAACAAUCUUAUAAAGAAAGUUGUAAAACUGUGAUCAGAAUUUUUUUUAAUCAUGAAAAAUAAGGCUUGCAUGCAGAACGGAAGCACUCUGAUAUUACCAUUCUACAAACUUCUAAAAGAUUUCUGUGAAUUCUUUGUAAAAAUUCUAAAAUGCAUUUUUUAAAGGUCAGAUUUUGGGUGUAUACAAUAAUGUGAAGUGAUUUAUCAAUAACAACAUGGAACUACUAUAAGCAAGCCGUUCACACCAAUCUCAUUUCCUCCUAUAACAGGAUAUGCAAGGCUGUACAUAAGGAAAAUGAUAUAGAUGCACAAUAUCUUUUUUUUUUUGGAGACAGAGUCUCGCUCUGUCACCCAGGCUGGAGUGCAAUGGCACUAUCUCGGCUCACUGCAAGCUCCGCCUCCCAGGUUCACGCCAUUCUCCUGCCUCAGCCUCCUGAGUAGCUGGGAUUACAGGCACCCGCCACCAUGCCUGGCUAAUUUUUUUGUAUUUUUAGUAGAGACGGGGUUUCACCGUGUUAGCCAGGAUGGUCUUGAUCUCCUGACCUCAUGAUCCACCUGCCUCAGCCUCCCAAAGUGCUGGAUUACAGGUGUGAGCCACCGCGCCCGGCCCCGAUGUACAAUAUCUUAAAAGCAUUUGACAAAAUUGUCCACAUCAGUUCGAAUACUAUUCUAUACUACUAUCAACAACAUAAGGCUAAUGUCAGUAAGAAUAGCAGACUAAGGAUCUCCAGAAAUUCUCUCUCCUCCACAAAUGCAAGAGAAAACUGGAAAAAAAGUGUUGGAAUCAACUUAUUCUGACCUGUAGAUGUUAAUCAAUCAAGAGGUAUUUGUUCAAGAAAAAUGGCUCAAUCUCAGUAAGAACAGCAAGCUUUGUGAUGUCUUAACUUACUCUAUUUCAUGACCAAUACUCACUUUGUCCAAAACACUUCUCUAUGUUACCUAUGGUAAAGCCUAGAAAUAAUAAGCUCCCAUAAAAAGGAAAGAGGAUCCAAACAGAUUUUCAAAAUAACUUCAAUAGGCUAAAAGUGGCAGAGUGAAAUUUAACAUAAAUCAUUACACGAUACACAUCACAUCAGAAAACCAAAGAAAAGAACAUGCUAGAAAAGGCCCCACAUCCAUUACUGGGAACUGUUCAUAUGAAAAGUCUGAGAAGUUCUAACUGACUUCAAGAUUCCUAUAACCCAAUCAAAUAACAAAAUGAUUUUUUUAAAUACUAAUAUUGUUCAAUCCAUCAAGAAGACAUAGCAGCUAUAAACAUAUGUGCACCUAACAACAGAGCCCCCAAAAUAUAUGAAGCAAAAAAUUGACAAAAUAGGAGGGAGAGACAGACCAUUCCACAAUGGUUGGAGACUUCAAUAUCCCAUAUUUAACAAUAGACAGAACAACUAGACAGAACAGUAAGAAAACAGAUGACUUGAGGAACACUGUAAACCUAUUAGACCUAACAGAUACAUACAGAACAUCCCACCCAACAACAGCAGAGCAUACAUUCUUCUCAGGUGCACAUGGUAUAUUCUCCUGAAUAGACUACAUGUUGGGCCACAAGACAGGCUUUAAUAAACUGUUUAAAAUUUGAGGAAAAAAAGGAAAUCAUACAAAGUACCUUUUCUGACCAACAUGGGAUAAACCAGAAAUUAAUAAUAGAAGGAAAACUGUAAAACUCACAAAUAUGUAGAAAAUAAAUGGCACUGUAUUAAAACAACCAAUGCGUCAAAGAAAAAAAUCACAUGGUAACUUAGAAAAUAUCUUGAGACAAAAGAAAACAAAACAUACUAAUACUGCAAUAUUUAUGAAAUGCAGUGAAAGGAGUGCUCAGGGGACAUUUACAGCUGUAAACACCUACAUUAAAAAAGAAAAAAAAAGACAUCAAUAACCUAACUGCACAUCUUGAGUAAAUUUUAAAAAGAGCAAAUAAACCAAAAGCUUGUAGAAAGAAGGAAAUAAUAAAGAUUAGCAUAGAUAAAGUAGAGAAUACAAAAACAAUAGAGAAAAUCAAAGAAACCAAAGUCUAUUCUUUGGAAACACCAACAAAAUUAAUAAAUCUUUCGCUAGACUGACUAAAGAAAAAUGAAGACGACUCAAUGAGAAAUGAAAAAAGAGAAAUUACUACAGGCUUUACAGAAAUAAAAAGAAUUAUUUUAAAAUGCUAUAAAUAAUUGUACACCAACAAACUGUAUAACCUACAUGAAAUGGGAAACACAAACAAGCAAAACAGACUCAAAAAUGAAUAGAAAAUCUGAAUAGACCUAUAACAUGUAAGGAGAUUGAAUCAGUAAUCAAAAGCCCCCCAACGAAGAAAAGGCCAAGACCAAGACUUCACUGAUGAUUUCUACCAAACAUAUAAAGAAUUAGCACCAAUUCUUCUUAAAAUCUUCUAAAAAGCUAAAAGGGAGGGUAUACUUUCAAGCUCAUUUUAUCAGGCCAGCACUAACCUGAUCCCAAAGCCAAAGACAUAAGGAGAAAAAAAAAAAAAAAAAACUACAGGCCAAUAUCCCUGAGAAUAUAGAUGCAAAAAAUUCUCAACAAAAUACUAGGAAACCAAAUUCAGCAGUAUGUUAAAAGGAUCACACACCACGACCAAGAGGGAUUUAUCCCAGGAAUGCAAGGGUGGCUCAAAACAUGAAAAUCAAUAAAUGUAAUAUGUCACAUGAGUAGAAUGAUGGAAAAAAACACACAAUCAUCUCAAUUGACAGAGAAAAGGCACUUGAAAAAUUCAAUACCCUAUUAUGAUUAAAAAUAAAAUUUUGAAAAACUAGGAAUAAAAUGAAACUCUCUUAACAUCAUAAAAGAUAAUUAAGAAAACGCACAGCUAACACCAUAUUCAGGUAAAAGACUGAUAGCUUUUUACCUAAAAUCAGGAAUAAGACAAUGAUGACCAUUUUCUCCACUUCUGUUUAACACAGUACUGGAAGUUCUGCCUUAAACAUGACACCAAGAGCAAAGGCAACAAAAGAAAACACAGAUACAGUAGAAUUCCUUAAAAUUACAAUUUGUGUGCAUCAAAGGACGUUGUUAAAAGAGAGUGAAAAGACAACCCACAGGACAGGAGAAAAUAUUUUCAAAUCAUGUAUCUGAAACUCAACAAUUCAACAACAAAAAAACAAACACCUCAAUUUGAAACUAGGCAAAGAAGUUGAAUAAGUAUUUCUCCAAAGAACACAUACAGAUGGCUAAUAAGCACACCAAAAGGUGUCAACAUCAUUAGUCACUUAGGGAAAUGCAAUCAAAACUGCAAUGAGAUACCAUUUCACAACGGCUAGGAUGGCUAUAAUCAAAAAAUAGAAAAUAACAAGUGUUGGCAAGGACGCAAACUAAAAUCCUCAUACAUUGCUGCUAUGGAUGUAAAAUGGAAAAUGGUUUGGAAGUUUCUCAAAAAGUUAAAAAUAGAAUUACCAUGUAACUGAGCAACCACUCCUACCUACACAGCCAAAAGAACUGAAAUCAAGGACUCAAACAGAUACUGGUAAGCCAAUAUGCAGAUCCACAAUAACGGAAAAGUGGAAACAACCUAUGUCCAGCAACGGAUGAAUGCAUAAACAACAUGUGGUAUAUUCAAAAUACCAUGAAAUAUUAUUCAGCCAUAAAAAGGAGUAUAUUAGAACUCUGAUUUAAUGAGUCAGAUUACAUGCUACAUAUAUGUAACACAUGCUACAACAUGGCUGAUUACAUGCUACAACAUGGCUGAACCUCAAAAACAUUAGGCUGAGUUUUAAAAAGCCAAAUAGAAAAGGCCAUAUGUUAUACAAUUCCAUUUUUAUGAAAUAUACAAAAUAGGCAAAAGCCACAGAAACAGAAAACAGAUGAAUGAAUGCCCGGGGCUGGGAAAAUAGCAAGUGAUACUUAAUAGGCAUGUGGUUUCCGCCACAUAAAAAAUGAACAUUGAAAAUGUUCUGGAACUAGACAACAUUGUGAAAGUACUAAAUGCCAUUGAAAUGUACAUUUAAAAUGACUAAAAUGGAAAAUACUAUGUUAUAGUGUAUAUAUUUUACCACAAUAAAAAGUAGUAAAUAUAUGUAAGUACUUUUGACAUCAAAAAAUUCUAAUACAACCAUUAAUACACCUAUCCUGCUAUUUUUCUUUUCUACUUUCUUAAUAUUUUUGCUUCCAUUUAAGUUAUUCCUUCUUUAUGGUUUCCUUUCAUUUUGUUGUUCUCUUUCUAACUUCUUGAAAUGAACGCUGAAUUUACUCUUCUUUGUUUUUAAUAGACAUGUUUAAAGUUAUGAAUGUUCCUCUAUGUACCACUUUAACCCAUUAUCCAGAAGUUCUAAGACUACUUUUUUCAUUCAUAUUAUUUUUAAAAAAUAUUUAUUCUGCAAUUUAGGCUCUGGUUUUUCAUGAGACUAAAUUAACUAAAAGUAGUGUCCAAAUUAUGAGAAGUGAACUUUGCUGAUGAACCGAGAAUUAUUCCCAGUAACACAUUUAAAGUGGGAUCUUAAGUUGUUUAGAGAACGUCCACGAGAGAAAAUCAGGAGGGGAAAUGGAUAAUAAACAUAUCAGGGUAAGAGCAGGAAAAAAAGAUAGUGAUGUUUAACCUGAAGGAAAAAGGUCUGCAUUUCUAGUAGCCCAGAGCUUUCUGGAAUACUUGAAAGACCUCCACAAACACCUCUUAUGCUCUAGGUGCUGGGGACGCAGCAGAGACCAAGAUAGAUGUGACUCUGUCUUCAAGUAUAUAGUCCUUAAAUAGUACAGAAACAAUUGACUGAUUACAAUGAUCAGUGCUAGAGAGAAGCUGGGCUGCCCCAAGAAUAUAUCACAAGGAGGUCUAUCCUGGUCUGGGGGUCAGGGAGGCAUCCUUAGUGAAACAACUUUAGAGCUCAAAAGGGUAAGAGGAAACCAGGCAGGGCCAGAAGAGACAGCAUGAGCAAAGGUCAUGAAGCAAAGGAUAGCUGCAUGAACUAAAAAGAGUCAGUAAGUUUGGUACACAGGGAAGAAAAGGGGGAGUGGUGUUAGCCAAGCCUGGAAAGGUAGGCAAGGGCAAGAUCAUUAGUAUACAGGACUUUUGUCCAAGAGUGAUGGGAGGCUACUGAAGACUGGGAGAAAGGGUCAUGCUCUUGAAGCGUAUUCAAAUAGGAAGAGAGGAAGUCAAAUUGUUUCUGUUUGCAGAUGACAUGAUUGUAUGUUUAGAAAAACCCCAUCGUCUCAGCCCAAAAUCUCCUUGAGCUGAUAAGCAACUUCAGCAAAGUCUCAGGAUACAAAAUCAGUGUGCAAAAAUCAAAAGCAUUUCUAUACACCAAUAACAGACAAACAGAGAGCUAAAUCAUGACUGAACUCCCAUUCACAAUUGCUACUAAGAAAAUAAAAUACCUAGGAAUACAACUUACAAGGGAUGUGAAGGACCUCUUCAAAGAGAACUACAAACCACUGCUCAAGGAAAUAAGAGAGGACACAAACAAAUGGAAAAACAUUCCAUGCUCAUGGAUAGGAAGAAUCAGUAUCAUGAAAAUGGCCUUACUGCCUGAAGUAAUUUACAGAUUUAAUGUUAUCCCCAUCAAGGUACCACUGACUUUCUUCAAAGAAUUGGAAAAAACUACUUUAAACUUCAUAUAGAACCAAAAAAGAGCCCACAUAGUCAAGACAAAUCGGGGCAAGAAGAACAAAGCUGGAGGCAUCAUGCUACCUGACUUCAAACUUUACUAUAAGGCUACAGUAACCAAAACAGCAUGGUACUGGUACCAAAACAGAGAUAUAGACCAAUGGAACAGAACAUAGGCCUCAGAAAUAACACCAUACAUCUACCAUCAUCUGAUCUUUGACAAACCUGACACACACAAGCAAUGGGGAAAAGAUUCCCUGUUUAAUAAAUGGUGUUGGGAAAAUUGGCUAGCCAUAUGCAGAAAACUGAAACUGAACCCCUUCCUUACACCUUAUACAAAAAUCAACUCAAGAUGGAUCAAAGACUUAAAUGUAAGACCUAGGACCAUAAAAAUCCUAGAAGAAAACCUGGGCAAUACCAUUCAGGACAUAGGCAUGGGCAAAGACUUCAUGUCUAAAACACCAAAAGCAAUGGCAAUAAAAGCCAAAAUUGACAAAUGGAAUCUAAUUAAACUAAAGAGCUUCUGCGCAGCAAAAGAAACUAUUAUCAGAGUGAACAGGCAACCUACAGAAUGGGAGAAAAUUUUUGCAAUCUAUCCAUCUGACAAAGGGCUAAUACCCAGGAUCUACAAAGAACUUAAACAAAUUUACAAGAAAAAAGCAAACAACCUCAUCAAAAAAUGGGAAAAGGAUAUGAACAGACACUUCUCAAAAGAAGACAUUUAUGCAGCCAACAGACAUAUGAAAAAAUGCUCAUCAUCACUGGUCAUUAGAGAAAUGCAUAUCAAAACCACAAUGAGAUACCGUCUCACACCAGUUAGAAUGUUGAUCAUUAAGAAGUCAGGAAACAACAGAUGCUGGAGAGGUUGUGGAAAAAUAGGAACGCUUUUACACUGUUGAUGGGAGUGUAAAUUAGUUCAACCAUUGUGGAAGACAGCGUGGCAACUCCUCAAGGAUCCAGAACUAGAAAUACCAUUUGACCCAGCAAUCCCAUUACUGGGCAUAUACCCAAAGAAUUAUAAAUCAUUCUACAAUAGCAAAGACUUGGAACCAACCCAAAUGUCCAUCAAUGAUAGACUGGAUUAAGAAAAUGUGGCACAUAUACACCAUGGAAUACUAUGCAGCCAUAAAAAAGGAUGAAUUCAUGUCCCUUGUAGGGACGUGGAUGAAGCUGGAAACCAUCAUUCUCCACAAACUAUCACAAGAUCAGAAAACCAAACAUCACAUGUUCUCACUCAGAAGUGGGAGUUGAACAAUAAGAACACAUGGACACAGGGAGGGGAACAUCACACACCAGGGCCUGUGGGGGGUGGGGGGCUAGGGGAGGGAUAACAUUAGGAAAAAUACCUAAUGUAGGUGACAGGUUGAUGGGUGCAGCAAACCACCAUGACAUGUGUAUACCUAUGUAACAAAACUGCAUAUUCUGCACAUGUAACCCAGAACCUAAAGUAUAAUUUAAAAAAAAAGAAGAUGAAGAAGAAAGUGACAUGCUCAGAAUUACCUUUCCAAACAGUCGCUUUAAAUACAUUGCAGGAAUAGAUGACAAAGAGGAAAUGCUGGGAGUCUAGUUAAGAGACUAUUGUUUCUUCCAGAAGAAAGAAAUGAGUGCUUUGAACUAGAAUGGCAGCAGGGGAAAUGAAGCCAGCCAGGAAAUGGAACUGAGAGGUCUUGGGGACGGAAUUCAUUGUUCCUCAGGUAGAAACUACAUAAGAAGGCAGACUUUGGUACAAUUUAUACCAACAGCCAGUACUUCCAUGCCAAAAUGGAAGAGACUGCCCUUCAAAGCAAAGCACUCCCUUCCUUAGGAAGUUUCCUAGGAGGUACUGGGUGAUCAUAAGGUUACAUACACUGGGUGAGAAAUUAGACUUGACAGCAUCUAAGACACUCUGACCUCUCUUGGUUAAAAUCAACAGAAGUGUCAGGUCACCUAGAAAAUUCAGUGUGAAACACCUAGGAUAGAUAUAAAAUAUGUUCAUUCUCUCUCUCCUCUCUCUCUCUCUCUCUCUCUGUGUGUGUGUGUGUGUGUGUGUGUGUGUGUGUGUGUGUAUUAUCUCAAAUCUCAGUUUUCCUCUCUAUUCCAGCUGAGUUUCUCACAGAAAACCAUCACGGUAAACUACCGUCAGUGUUUUACUGCUUGUCAUUAGGUGUUGAAAAAUAGUUUCAUAUAUCUCUUUCUAGUCUUUUGUAUUUCUUUACGUAUUGAAGUAAAUGGUUUUACUCACUCGAACAUAUUAUCUUAAUUUUAGUAAAGAUUAGUAAUGUGCAUGCUCUGGUAAUAUUUUUAAUGCCAAGCAUGCAGACAUAUUUGCUAGAAUCUGGGAUUAUCUGCCUUACCCAUGGGAAGUCUAGGCAUCCUGAGCACAAACCCAAAUAACCAAGGCAUCACAGUCCACCAGGUACAAAACUUAAGUACAGUACAUGGUAGUAAAGGAAAAGUUUCAGAAACAUUAUCCUGCCAAUUCCAACCGUGAAGGAAUGCAAGCACCAUGCCAAAUGAAAGAAAAAGGAAAAAAAGCACAUGAAAAAAAUGCACUGAGGCUCAUAAAUAUGCUAAAAGGACAAAAUUAGACUGACCAAGAAAUGUUACCAACUGCUCUCAAAAUCAGAGUCUUCUCACUGCUAAAGUUGAGUAAAAGCCAACCAACACGAAGAAGACCAAGACUUAAAUGGUUUCCACCAUCACAAUUACUAAGAUGUGCAGAGUCAUCACUUUUUGUGAGUCAGCAUGGCUUAAAGUAGUAUUGACAAACAUCCAUUCAGACUCAAAGAGAUGCUUUCCCAUCCUGAUUAACUCAUUCACAAGAACUCCUUUACAUACCAACACCAAAGCUGCCCUGUGCAAUCCCUCUCUUGAACAAUACAACAGACACCUGUUUUUGUGCCAUAAGCACGGAAAACCAGGAAGAUUUUCUUUUUCCUUUUCUUGUUCUUAGUGUAACACUCAUUGACCUAUACCUGGGAUUCUGUGGAAAGCACAGGUGCAAGACAGUGCUAUGACAGAAGUAGCAUCUGCCAACAAAAGGACAGAAUUUAGAAGGAAAAGCAUAGGCAUUUUAUAAUUUAUCAAGAGAUGAUUAGAGGCACCUAGGAUGACUGGCUUAAAUGUUGGUUCAACAGUCUGGUGGCUGCGAAUUAAUUUAUGAAUCAUAAGAUGGAGAUAAUUCUAGUACCCAUCUCAUAGAAAGGAUUAGAUGAUAACAUACAUGUGAAGAAUUUACCAUAGUGUCUGGCACAUAUUAAAUGCUAUUAUUACUGUUUUUAUUAUGCCCUCAUCAAAGGACUAAUACCCAGAAUCUACAAAGAACUCAACUCAACAAGAAAAAAACAAACAACUAUGACUGUUUUGUUUGUUUGUUUUCAACCAUUAAAAACUGGGCAAAGGCCUUUUCAGCCGGAACGGCCAUCUUCCAGUAAUUUGCCAAAAUGAUGAACACAAAGGGAAAGAGGAGAGGCACCCGAUAUAUGUUCUCUAGGCCUUUUAGAAAACAUGAAGUUGUUCCUUUGGCCACAUAUAUGCAAAUCUAUAAGAAAGGUGAUAUUGUAGACAUCAAGGGAAUGGGUACUGUUCAAAAAGGAAUGCCCCAUAAGUGUUACCAUGGCAAAACUGGAAGAGUCUACAAUGUUACCCAGCAUGCUGUUGGCAUUGUUGUAAACAAACAAGUUAAGGGCAAGAUUCUUGCCAAGAGAAUUAAUGUGCGUAUUGAGCACAUUAAGCACUCUAAGAGUCGAGAUAGCUUCCUGAAACGCGUGAAGGAAAAUGAUCAGAAAAAGAAAGAAGCCAAAGAGAAAGGUACCUGGGUUCAACUAAAGCGCCAGCCUGCUCCACCCAGAGAAGCACACUUUGUGAGAACCAAUGGGAAGGAGCCUGAGCUGCUGGAACCUAUUCCCUAUGAAUUCAUGGCAUAAUAGGUGUUAAAAAAAUAAUAAUAAUAAAGGACCUCUGGGCUAUUAAAAAAAAAAAAAACUGGGCAAAGGACAUGACCAGACAUCUCUCAAAAGAAGACAUACAAGUGGCCAAAAAUAUAUAUUAAAAAAUGCUCAACAUCACUAAUCAUCAGAGAAUUCAAAUUAAAAUCACAAUGAGAUAUCAUCUUACACCAGUCAGAAUGGCUUUUAUUAAAAAGUCAAAAAAAAACAACAAAGUUGGCUUCGUUGUGGAGAAAAGGGAACACUCAUACACUAUUGGUGGGAAUGUAAAUUAGUUCAACCUCUAUGGAAAACAGUAUAGAGGUAUCUCAAACAGCUAAAAACAGAACUACUGUUCAACCCAGCAAUCCCAUUACUGGGUAUCUACCCAAAGGAAAAGAAAUCAUUAUAUUAAAGAAUCACCUGCGGGGCCAGGCGCGGUGGCUCACGCCUGUAAUCCCAGCACUUUGGAAGGCCGAGGUGGGUGGAUCACGAGGUCAGGAGUUCAAGACCAGCCUGGCCGACAUGGUGAAACCCCAUCUCUACUAAAAAUACAAAAAUUAGCUGGGCAUGGUGGUGGGCACCUGUAAUCCCAGCUACUCAGGAGGCUGAGGCAGAAGAAUCGUUUGAACCUGGGAGGCUGAGGUUGCAGUGAGCCAAGAUCACGCCAUUGCACUCCAGCCUGGGCAACAGAGCGAGAU